CAGAGUUAAUUAGAGCGAAUGAAAGAGAGAGAGUACAGCGAGUGAACGAUAUGAUAGAGUGGAGCGGAGAGAUAAUGUGGAAGAGAGAGUAGGGAGAAGAGUGGAAGGAGAGUAGAGAGCGUGAGAGUGAAGAGAGUGGAAAAUAGAGAAAUUGAAUGCGAGAGUGGGGGGGAGAGGAAAGCGCAGGCGAGCGUGAACAACAGGGAAAAGGAAGAGCGAGAGAAAGCGUGGAGAGAGAUUAAAUGAGAGAGUGGGGGGGGGGUAGAGAGAGGGAGAGAGAGGGGGCGAUGUUUGGAUGAUGCCACCGGGCUCUCUUGAAUCUCACUGACGCCUUAAAUCUUCUUCUCCGCGUUGGCAGCGAGAGGCGGAGACCCGGGCAGAGCAGGGGAGGCGAACUCAGACGCGGGGAUCGACUCGUUACUAGAUCCGGCCCGAUUCCGACUGCGCUGAGCGCCAAGCUGCGUGGAUUGAUGAGACACAGACGCCCGGGCAGCAGCAGCAGCAGCGAGCGACCGGCAUCUGCGACAAAUCAAGGGGGUUGGGGAAGGAGACGUGGAGCGGAAUCGCGGCAGCGGCCCGGAUCGUGGAUGAGGAUGAAGAAGCGAUCUGCUCGCGUGGCUCCGCUCAGCGCGUGUCGCACCCCCGUGCUGAGCCUCACCCGCUCACCAGACGUCGAAUCGAGCCCCAAAGAACCCCCGGCGGCGGCGGCUGCGGCGAACGACCCCGAGACCGACUCGAACGGCAACGCCGUCUCGCGUGCGGACCCCGCGGAGGGAUCCGCGGGCUGGCGGUCGGCGCUCCGGCGCCUGGCCUGGGGGCUCCUCCUGCUGCCGGCCGUGGCCGCCAGCUGGGCGGGCGCCUCGCAGAUGAACCGCGCGGCCGCGCCGCGAGGAGCCGCGGGUCAAGCGGUCCCCGCGGUCCCCGCGGUGGCCGCGGCCCCCGCGACGCCCUUCCUCGCCGCCUGGUUCUCAGCCACGUGGAACCUGGCCGUGUUCCCCGCGUACUGCCUGUGCCACGCGGCGGCGUGCGACGCCGACGGGACACGGGGCCCGCUCCAGACGUUCAGGGAUUGCGGCCGCCUGUUUGGCGACGGCGGCGUGGGCGUGAGGCCGCUGCUGCAGACCGUGCUGCCCUUCUCGCUGCUGUGGACGGGCGCCACGUACCUGUACCUGCUCGCGCUGGCGCGCGUCGCGCCCACGGACGCCGCGGCGCUCUUCUGCUGCAACAAGGCGUUCGUCUUCCUGCUGUCGUGGAUCGUCCUCAACGACCGCUUCAUGGGCGUGCGGAUCGUGGCGGCGAUCCUCGCCAUCUCGGGCAUCGUGAUGACCGCGUACGCGGACGGCUUCCGCGGCGACUCCAUCAUCGGCGUGGCUUUGGCCGUGGGCGCCGCCUCUGCCUCUGCCUUCUACAAGGUGCUCUUUAAGAAGGUGCUGGGGAGCGCCCGCCUGGGUGAGGCCGCUCUCUUCCUGUCAGCGCUGGGCCUGAUGAACGCCGCGCUCGUCUCGUCCGUGUGCGCCGCGCUGCACUACUCGGGCCUGGAGCGGUGGCCGCACGGCGCCACCGCGUGGGCCAACCUCUGCGCCACCGCGGCGCUGAUCCUGAUGUUCACGGUGCUCGUGAACUUCGGCGUGGCGCUCACCUACCCCAGCAUCAUCUCCCUCGGGGUCGUCCUCACAAUCCCCCUCAAUGCGGCGCUUGACGUGCGUCGAGGGGACACCGCCCUCGGCGCAAUCCGCCUCGCGGCCAUGGGAGUCAUCGUGACCGCGUUCCUGCUCCUCCUGCUGCCCGACUACUGGGACGAGGAUGCUCUGGCACUGGCCACCUCUGUGCGGGACCGCCUGUUCAGCCCCUGGGCACCCGCACCGCGCGAGCAGCCGCCGGCCGACGAGGGACUUUUCCUCGGCGCUGGUCCUGGGAGCGCGACACAAUCAGACCCCCCGGCUCUCGUGCUGGUGGCCAGUGGGCAGCAGUAACAUCAGAGAGAGAACAACAACACAAAACGCAAACUGAAAAUUUAUCAAGAUGCGAAAAUGGGUGGCAUGCCGAUGUAGAGCAGAGUUAAGUGGCGAGUUGAUACGUUGGUUAGGGUUAGAGCUAGUUGUUGUGUUCCCUUGUUAGAUGGGGUGAAGAGGAAGGCUUGCACGAGUGGCUGGUCUGGGCUAUUACCCGUGCUUUGUUCUAUCGUUGGUUACGGUUAACUGGAUGGUUGGUUAAAGUUGGUGGGAUGGUUAAGUUGGAUAGUUGAUUAGCAUUAGGGGCAGUGAUUGGUUGUAUAGUUGGUAAUGGAUCGCGAUAUUACAAACUGACUAGUUACUUAGAGUAGGUGGCAUGGUCUGGUUGGGUAGUUGGCUAGAGUUGUGGCAUGGUUAGGAUAGUGUGGGUUCGAGUAUGGUCGCACAGUGUGUUAUGGCCAUAUACUGUACCAAUAGCUCGUCCUUACCAUCACAACUUUUGUACUUUUCAGCUUUUUUGUUCGCUUUUCGUUCCUGGUGGUUUUGAGUAGUGGGCGUAAUGUCUCACUGAACAUUUUCAGGGUCACUAAUAGACUGGAGUUAAGCACGUGACUCGUAGCAACAAUCCAUAGCUGGAGGGAUACUGGACUACUGGGACGAGGAUUAGCAGGGUUGGCUACGUACGGUGUGAAAGAAGUUCAACAUACAUACAUUAACAAACAAUUUUUCUUUUACCAGGUAAGGCCCACUAAGCUAUAUAGCUCUUUUUCA